UGGACCCUGACGUCAUCAUGUGCAUUUCCAGCAUCCACUGCCGUGGUAAACAGUAGGCUAGCUGCUUUUCUCUUUUUUUCUGAAGGCACAGCAUGAAGCUAAGGAAGCGCUGCGUCCUGCUGCUGUUUGUUCUGUUCUGUUCGGGCAUGGCGGAGGCGCUAGAACCCAUCAGUACCACCAUAGCUGUCAGCAUGGCUGCGGCUCUUACCGGUUUUUUAGCCAGCUACCAGAACAUCUUCUACCACUUCCACGAGUGUUGCCGACCCGAGUGGAUUUCUUUAAACAAAACAGGACUAAAGACCGACCUGGAUGAGAAGCUUUUCGGACAGCACCUCGCGUCACGCAUCAUUUUAAGAGCUGUGAGCGGGUUCAUGAGCAACGAGAACCCAAAGAAGCCUCUGGUUCUCUCUCUGCACGGAUGGACCGGCACCGGGAAGAACUUUGUCAGUAAACUUAUUGCCGAAAACGUUUACAAAGAAGGAAUGCACAGCAGCUUCGUCCAUGUCUUCACGUCCACGCUUCACUUCCCUCACCCCAGUCUAAUAGCCACCUACAAGUCCGAGUUACAGCAGUGGAUCAAAGGAAACGUUUCCAGCUGUGAACGCUCCAUGUUCAUCUUCGAUGAGAUGGACAAGAUGCACCCCGGACUGAUCGACUGUAUCAAGCCGUACCUGGACUACUACGACAAGCUGGAUGGAGUUUCAUAUCGGAAGUCCAUCUUCAUCUUCCUCAGUAACGCUGGAGGAGAGAGCAUCGUGCAGACAACUUUAGAUUUCUGGAAAGCAGGACGAAUUAGAGAAGAGAUGGAGCUGAAAGACGUGGAAACAUCACUCUCUCUGUCGGUGUUCAACAACAACAAAAGCGGCUUUUUUCAUACGAGUUUGAUCGAUAAGAACCUGGUGGACUUCUUCGUGCCGUUCCUGCCUCUGGAGUACCUGCACAUCGUCCAGUGCGCCUUGGCCGAGAUGAAAGCCAGAAAUCUCCCACCGGACAUGGACGUGGCAGACCAGGUGGCCAAAGAUUUGGUUUAUUUCCCUAAAUCCGAGCGAGUGUUCUCCGUCAAAGGCUGCAAGACGAUAGAGAGCAAGCUGGACUACUACACUUAAUGUCUGGUGGACGCCUCUGUCGUUUACUACGUGCACUUUUUAAAAACAAGACUGUUGCAGCCAAAUGACUAAAAACCAGGACGUGGAGACGAUAUCAGGAGGCUUUCUCUGCUCUUGUCUCACACUGGGUGAAGUGGGUGAAUAAAAGAAAAGACUCAAAUAAAUUCCUGAACUUCCUUUUUAUCUCCGUAACAUCUUAAAGAGAAUUGUUUUUAUUAAUGACCCAACAAGUCCUGUCAAGGAUUCUCUUUAGGUCUUCUUUGUAUGAAUGGACUGUUGAAAACAACUGCCUUAACUGUCCAUCAAACAUGGUUUUUACUUGAUUUAUUUUAAAGUAUGUCUGCUGUUUAAUACAAGGCAUAAAUUCAUUUUGAUUCAGAGA